AUGUCCUCCAUUAAUUGCUCCAUAUGUGAUGAUCCCUUUCCUAUUCCUCACAAUUUUUAUCAGCCAGGGGACCUUCAUAUUGGUGGGAUCGCUGCUCAAGUUGCUUUCUUUAAUAACCUUCCAUCUUUCAUAGAACACCCUGCACGUAUGGUGAUUGAUGAACCUAUGUCAGUAACAAAAAACUACCAGCACAUUUUGGCCUUGGCAUUUGCUGUCAAAAAGCUGAAUGAGAAUCCCAACUUCUUUCCAAACAUCAGUUUGGGUUUCUACAUCCUCAACAGUUACAACCUUGGAAGGAUGACUUUUAAGGCCACCCUCAGCUUACUUUCUGCACAGCAGAUGCUGGUCCCUAACUUCAGCUGUGAUAACCUGCAGAAAAUUAGAGCUGUCAUUGGAGGGCUCUUGUUUGAAACCUCUGCUCAUAUGGCCUCUGUUCUGAACACCUACAAGACUCCUCAGUUACACAACUUUUUAAGGAGAAUCUUGUUCAACAAUAGUGUCGGUGAUACCAUACAGUUUGAUCAAGAUGGAGAAUUAGUUACAGUUUUCGAUGUUACCAAUUGGGUUACUUUCUCAAAUGGGUCAUUUGCAAGAGUCAAAGUGGGACAACUGGAUCCUCAUGCCCCUUCAGACAAACAGCUGACUCUUAAUGAUGUUCAAAUUGUGUGGCAUAGAAGCUUUAACCAGGUGCUUCCCAUUUCUGUCUGCAAUGACCAAUGCCAGCCUGGUUACAGCAAAACAAAGAAGGAGGGAGAGAAAUUUUGCUGCUAUAAUUGUACUCGAUGUUCAGAAGGGAUGAUCUCUGAGCAGAAAGAUAUGGAUGCCUGUGUCAAAUGUCCAGAUGAUCAUUAUCCCAGUGAAGGCCAUAAUGAAUGCAUCCCCAAGAUCACAAGCUACCUUUCCUACAGAGAGAAUUUAGGGAUCAUCUUAGCCCUGAUGGCUGCAUCUUUCUCAUUGGUCACGUUGUUUGUGCUUGGAACCUUCCUGAAAUACAAGGACACUCCCAUUGUCAAAGCCAACAACCGAAGCCUCACCUACAUUCUCCUCGUCUCCCUCCUGCUUUGCUUCCUCAGCACCUUGCUCUUCAUUGGACAGCCAGGGGAGGUGACCUGCCUUCUGCGCCAAACUACUUUUGGAAUCAUCUUCAGUGUGUCCCUUUCCAGCAUGCUGGCCAAAAGCAUUACUGUGGUUGUGGCCUUUGAAGCUACCAGACCAGGAUCUCGUAUGAGGCAUUGGGUGGGCAAAAAAAUGGCACACUCUAUUGUCCUUUCUGGGUCCUUUAUUCAAAUACUGAUUUGUACUCUUUGGCUAAGUACUUGUCCUCCAUUCCCAGAUAAGGAUAUGCAUUCAUUGCCAGGGGAAAUCAUACUGGAAUGUAAAGAGGGCUCUGCUACCAUGUUUUACUCUGUCCUUGGCUAUCUGGGCUUUCUGUCCAUUGUCAGCUUCACUGUGGCUUUUCUAUCCAGCAAGUUACCAGACAGUUUCAAUGAAGCCAAGUUCAUUACUUUCAGCAUAUUGGUCUUUUGCAGUGUUUGGUUAUCCUUUGUUCCAACGUAUUUGAGUUCCAAGGGGAAGUACAUGUUGGCUGUGCAUAUCUUCUCUAUCUUGGCCUCCAGUGCUGGCUUACUGAGUUGUAUAUUUUUCCCUAAAUGUUACAUCAUUUUGCUGAGGCCAGAGAUGAACAGUCGGGAGCAGCUACUAAGGAAAGUGUGA